AAAGAAAGAACCACGAAGACGCAAGCAUACGUUCAUCUCGCACUAUCCAAGAGCUCUUCCAACUGAAAAGAGGAUGUCACGAGUGACCAGCUUCCAUAAAGUCUCAGGGCCGCUCACGAUUCCUCGAGCGGAAGUCCUGGUGGAGAGGCUGACAAAAGCCCUUGUCGAACUGAAGGACGAGCAGGAUCUGCACAGCUCCGAAGGAUCGACUGGCGUGAAGCAUGAUAGUAAAACUUGGGCCGGUUGGGAUUGGCCUCAAGGCGUAGCUCUGACGGUCCUGUAUCAACAUUACCUCCUGGAUCCCAGCUCGAAAGGAUCUCAGCUGUCGCUUAAGACUGCAGUCGAGUGGUUCGAAGCUCAAUGGGAGCUCACAAGCGGCAGCGGCGCUCCGAAACAUGUCAACUCUAUGGCUGCGAUGUACUGCCUCGCUUCCUUGCUACAAGAUGGAAAGAUCGAGGAUACAGACGGAAAGUGGAUCAAGUGGUGUACGGAAUGGGCCGAAUGGAUCAUGAACGACAUGCCUAGGACGGUCGAUGGUGGAUUCCAGCAUAUCGUACACGACAAGGAGAACAAGGAUCAACUAUGGGACGAUACGCUCUUCAUGGCUGUUCUUCCAUUGACUCGAAUAGGUCUGCUACUGGAUCGAACGGAAUACAUCCAAGAAGCGGCUUAUCAGCUUGUUCUCCACAUGAAGUACCUGAGCGACCCCUACACUGGACUAUGGACGCACGGCUGGCAAUUCCAAGGCGAGUCAGGUGGACACCACUUUGCCAAGUCCUUUUGGGCUAGAGGUAACGCCUGGGUGGUAUACGGUAUUCCACUGUUCCUUGAGAUCGCAGGAGAUGUUCUCCCGGAAGAUGAUCCCGCUCGUCGAAUGGUAGUCAACGAAUAUAAAAGGCUUGUGAAUGCGUUGGCACCACUUCAGGACACCAGGACGGGUCUAUGGCACACUCUUCUGGACGAUCGAACGACGUAUCUUGAGACGAGUGCAAGUGCUGGGAUCGCAGCUGGAAUCUUCGCAGGUGUCAGGCUGGGAGUGCUCAGCGCUCGCAAAUACCUACCUAUGGCCAAUGCGGCUUUGGUGGGAGUGACGGGCAAGAUACUCCCUAAUGGGGAGGUCGAUGGUGUCUCGAGUGUUACACCUAUGGGUGAAGAUUUCACUCAUUAUCGUGAAAUCCCCAUCACACCGAUGCCCUAUGGACAAGCGCUAGUCAUGGCCGCCUUGGUUGAAUGGGAAAGAUUGUACGCUCUGGACGAAGCGCCUCAUAAGCAUUCCUCUACAAUCCCGGGAUCCCCUGUUUCCCCUGUCACUCCCACAUCUCCGGUCUCGCCUGUUUCGCCUGUCUCACCCAUCUCUCCAACGUCACCCACCGCGCCUCCCAUUCUCCGACAAUACACUGCUCCGCUAGAUCUUCCCGGUCGAUACCCUACGGAACACGAGAUCAGAGAGAGGGAAGAGGCCGAACGUCGGUCGCGAGAACCUACCGCGACGGCAGAGAGUCCUGCAGAACCCGUCAUGGAUCACACCUUGUCCACUCAAUUCGGAAGGACUGUAGCUGUCAUUGAGCCCGGAGGAAAUGAGGAUAGUGUUCCUGGUGGUUCUAUCCUCGCCCAAGUAGAGAAUGCAAGGAACCAGGAGACACAAUAGAUAUGACCCUUAGACACGUCGCAGUGGACAAUAUGCAUUUCCACCACUCGACUAAGAGCUC